AUGAUAUCGUACGUGGUUGAAGAUAAACACGUUGAGGUAUUUAUGUUUUUGGCCGAUGCCAUAGUCCAUGAAACCACACCUGAAAACAUCGAACCCUUUCUUGAUGAAAACUUUGAUAAGAGUAAAUUAGAAGAGUACUGUCAAUCGUUUACUAAACCAUCAGAAGUACCAGGAUUCAGAGACUGCGUCAAAGAAUGUGUCAACUGUACCCCUGUAUCAUCAUCAAGAACAUUCGUUUUGCUUAUGAAUGUUUUAGAUUCCAGGGUCUUAGCACCAAUAUUGACAGGAUCAAUUACGUUAAUUAGAGACAUGGGUUACAAAGAAAGAGAAGAAUUAUUAAGAUCAUGGCAAAAUUCUAACCUAGAAAGUUUUAGAAGACUAUUCAAAUUAUUAUACUCCUUAUCAAUUACUACUUUUAUUAAAUUGUGUCCAGAUUUACACAAUCAGGUUAUUGGGUACCCAGGAAAGGAGAUGAGGGACGAAAUUUAUGAAAAUAUUGAGAUAGACCCUUUUAGAUAUCUGAUGUUGGAACAUCCUACAGGUGACGAAUUAUACGCCCCAAAUAUUGAUGUCUUAAUUAUUGGGUCCGGAUCGGGUGCUGGGGUUGUUGCUCACACUUUAUCCAAUGAUGGACAUAAAUGUCUUGUUCUCGAAAAGGGAAAAUAUUUUCACCCAACAGAGUUGGUAUUUGACGAAAAAGAUGGUAAUAAGAAUUUGUAUGAGAGCAGAGGGGUUUUAACUACUGUGAAUCAACAAACUAUGAUUUUAGCAGGUUCAACGUUUGGAGGUGGAUCGACUGUCAAUUGGUCAGCGUGUUUGAAAACCCCAUUCAAAGUUCGUAAAGAAUGGUAUGAUGAUUAUGGGGUGGAUUGGGCAGCAAACGAAUUAUAUGAUAAAUGUGCUGACUAUGUUUGGAAUAAAAUGGGUGCAACGCUAGAUAGCGUCAAGCAUUCAUUUUCAAAUCAAGUGAUAUUAAAUGGAGCAGAAAAAUUGGGAUACACAGCGAAACCAGUAGAGCAGAACAAUGGUAAUCAUCCAAACCAUAGUUGUGGAUUUUGCCACUUAGGAUGCAAAUUUAAUGUCAAACAAGGUUCGUCAGCUUGCUGGUUCAGAGAUGCUUCGGAGAAGGGCUGUCAAUUUAUGGAUCAAGUUAAAGUUGUUAAGGUUCUUCAUAGUGGUGGUAAAGCUGUUGGUGCUCUAUGCCAGGAUACACAGACUGGUCAUGAGUUUACGAUUAAAGGCCCAAAAAAGUUUGUCGUCUGUGGUGGCUCAUUAAACACGCCUGUAGUUUUGCAAAAUUCUGGUUUCAAGAACAAGAAUAUUGGAGCUAACUUAAAGUUACAUCCUGUUACGGUUAUAUUUGGAGAUUUUGGUAAGGACAAUAACACCAAGCCAUUUAAUGAAUCAAUUUUAACUACUGUAUGCACCGAAGUUGAUGAUUUAGAUGGAAAAGCUCACGGAGCGAAAAUUGAAACCGUUUUACAUACACCUCUUUUAGAAUCGGUUUUCAUGCCAUGGCAAUCUAGUGAUAAGGCAAGACAAGAUUUGUUACGCUAUAAUCAUUUGGCGGCAAUGUUGAUUAUAACUAGAGACAAGUCAAGCGGUACUAUUAGGGCGGAUGCAACUAAACCAGACUCGUUAAUUAUUGAUUACUCAAUAAACAAGUAUGACCGUAACGCAUUAUUGCAAGCUAUAUUGGUAUCUGCAGAUAUGUUGUAUGUCGAAGGUGCUAAAGAAAUUAUCCACCCUCAAAGGUGGGUUCCAAAUUUCCAAUCUAACAAACCGAAAGAAGAAAGAUCAGUUAAGGAUCGUGAUUAUGUCCAAUGGCGUGAAUCAGUCAGCAAAACCAAACUUGAUACAUUUGGUUGCCCUUAUGGUUCUGCUCAUCAAAUGAGUUCGUGCCGUAUAUCUGGGAAGGGUCCUAAAUAUGGUGCUUGCGAUAACAAGGGUAGAUUAUAUGAAUGUAAAAAUGUCUACGUCGCUGAUGCCAGUGCUAUGCCUACGGCAAGUGGUGCCAACCCAAUGAUUUCCACUAUGUCUAUAGCAAGACUUAUUGCUUUAGGUAUCAGCAAGGACUUACAACCACAAGCUAGACUUUGA